AUGGGCCGGUACAUCGUUUUCCUUGUCUUGCUUGGUCUGAUGUUUGCGGAGGCAUCCGCAAUCUCUGAGACGUACCCACAAGCUAAAACGAUCCAGGGAUCGAACCAAGCUAUUUGCACAUCCGAUGAAUGCAUUGAUUCAGCAAACAGAAUUCUGACAGCUAUGAAUCCUAGUGUCAAUCCGUGUGAUGAUUUUUACGAGUUUGCUUGCGGUGGAUACAUGAACAAAAACUACCUUCCGCAAACCGGAUCAAAAAGUCACGCGGGGGACCUGAUCCAACUUGUUGAUUAUCGAAUCAAGGAAAUUUUUAACGAAGGAAUUUCGCCGUCAAUGCCUGAAACCGUGAAACAGGCGAUCGACUACUACGAAAAAUGCACCGACGAUGCCGCACGGAACACGAUCGGGCUGGAGCCGAUGUUCAAGCUGCUCGAAUCGAUUGGUUUGCCGCGAGUUCCAACUCAGCACAACCGCCAAAUUCGACCAUGGUCCGAGGUCUUGAUUCGAGGAGACAAAAUGACUGGCAAAACUCCGUUCUUCAAUAUAGAAAUCGAACAGAAGCACGGAAAUACUUAUUUGACGUGGAACGUUCAAAAACAACAUUUUAAUAAACAGUUGUUCGAGGAAUUCUUCAACACGCUCAACAGUCACUUUAGGUUUGAAGUAAUUGAUGCCCAGGAAGCCGCACGAGACCUUUUCAGUUUCUACUCUUCUCUGUUUGGAAUGUCUGAUAUUUUACAAAUUUGGAUGACUGUGGAUGGACUGCAGCAAUUAACGGGUUUUGACUGGAAGCAGUUCCUGACGAGCUUCUUGGAAGACUCCAUUUUUAAGUUCGACCUGGAGAAAGACAAAAUCCUCGUCAGAGGUCCAUCUUAUGCAAAACAACUGUUUGAUAAGCUCUACCUCGCGCAACCUGAGCAAAUAGAUUUCUACACUUGGUUCUUCUACUUCUACGCAAUGGCUCCUCACACAACGACUGCCUUUCGAGAUAAAUACAUCGAGAUGGAGCCUCUCUUAAAAUUGCCCGGUCCACAGCAAACUGUCGACUUGCAGAUGCGGUGCAUCGCGCAGGCCCGCCGCGUUUUCCCGGACGCAAUCAGCUAUGCAUACAUCAGUAAAUACUUUGACGAAGAAAUAAAGCAAAAGACGGAGGUGAUGGUGGAAGACAUUUACCAGGCAUUCAAACUGCUUAUCAAAGGUCUAGGCUGGAUGGACGAGCAGACGAAACGAUUUGCCCUGGAAAAACUCGAUGCUAUCAAGCAGAAUAUCGGAUAUCCGAAUUGGUUGAUGGCUCCUGGAGCUCUUGACCUUAGAGAUGUCAGAGGAGACUGGCUGACGAUGAAUAUGAAAGUAAACAUUAUGUUCGCGAAAAAAUACGAUGUGGAGAAAUUCAUUGGUAAAAGUUGGACAGGACUAUCCAAGAUUUCAGUGAAUGCUUUUCAUGUUGUUCAAGAAGUUGCGAUCUACGUUCCUGCUGGGAUUAUGCACCCUCCCUUUACCGGAAACGGGCUUGCAUCCUUGAAUUACGCAUCUCUUGGAGCGAUCAUAGGGCACGAGAUGACGCACGGUUUCGACACAAUCGGUCAUGCCUUUGACAAAAAUGGCGAGAAAAAUAUGUGGUGGUCAAACGAAACACUGAAAAACUUCUAUGAGCGCGUCCAGUGCAUGGUCGACCAAUACAGCCAAUUCCAAAUCCCUGAACUUGGACCCAACGUUAAGUUGGAUGGCGCUAAAACCAUUGGUGAAAAUAUCGCAGACAACGGAGGCCUGCGUGAGGCCCUUCUCGCCUACGAAAUUUUGAAAUAUCGCCAGACGCACAACGGCACUCACGUCUUCCCUGACCCUGAGCCUUACCUUCUAGGUCUCAACGGCUUGUCGCACAAGCAACUCUUCUUCCUCGGCUUUGCCAAUAUGUGGUGUGUAAAGGAAUCGCCGGAUAUUAUAAGCCUAAAGUUAAACGUAGACACGCAUAGUCCUAGUCGUCAAAGGGUCCUGGGCACCCUGGCCAACAACAAGGAGUUUGCUGAAGCGUGGAAAUGUCCUCUCGGAUCGAGAAUGAAUCCAGUUAAGAAGUGCAUCGUUUGGUAG